GAGUUAGCAUAUCUGUCCUGCAAGGAGCACAAGAAGAAGUCCCUGUUUGGAGCUAUGACCAACAUUUGUUAAUAAGCUUGCAUCCUGGAGGCAGUUGGCACAACGCUGAGAAUCUUACGGCUUCAGCAAACUUUGUUCCACAUCUCAAGACUGUGAUGCACAUCUCUGAUGAUAACAAAAGCAAACUUAAUUGGAAACAUCCUUGUGGUCUUCCACUAUUCCAACUUUAAACAUAUUUGAAAAUCAAGUAUGAUAAUGACCCAAAUAAAUGGGAGAAAAGAGCAUAUUCCUGCCAUUUGUGUCUCUCUAAUGAGGCAAAUUUAAAUGGACACACUUCAGAUGUUGAUGGCCUUUCCACGAACUCAGACAUUUUCCUUUGCUACAAACCCAAACAUUUUUUCCUUGCUUAGUAGCAGAAAGCAUUCUGUAACCUGAUGGCUCUUUUUUUAACAACCCAACAGAAACUUGGGAAGAGAUCUUUGACCCCUUCUGCAAUACUGUGUCAUCAAGCACCCCACAAGGUCCAGAGAACAUCAAGGAGAGUGUCCUAAAGAGAGUCUUCCAAAUUGCAGCGGCAUUUUUUAUUUGGCCUAACUGGAACAGAUGCCAAGGAAUAAAUGUGGAUUUUCAAAUAAGUUUCCCAGUCUGGGGUGUCCCUCCAGGUUCUGCAUUUAUAAAGCAAGAACCACAUUUCCAGUUAGUUUUUAUCAACAAUGUGGAAGUAAAGCUUCUUGCAACACUACCAAAUAUUUGUUCUUCGCUCUUUCAAAGAAAGGGCAGAGCGAAUCACAAACAACACUGGAUGAACAUUAACCAGUAUUGAUAUAAUGGCUUUGAACUCCGAGAACAUCUCUGCCUCUGACUGCUUCAACUGCACCCAGCCUGUGGAGGAAGUAAACAUUUCAAAAGCCAUAUUAUUGGGUGUUAUCUUGGGGGGGCUGAUUGUUUUUGGAGUCCUGGGUAACAUUUUGGUUAUCCUGUCGGUAGCCUGCCACAAGCACCUGCAAAGCGUAACUCACUAUUACAUUAUCAACUUGGCUGUGGCCGACCUCCUGUUGACUUCUACCGUCCUCCCUUUCUCUGCUAUUUUUGAGAUUUUGGGGUAUUGGGUUUUUGGGAGGAUCUUCUGCAACAUCUGGGCAGCUGUGGAUGUUCUAUGCUGCACAGCUUCCAUCAUGAGCCUUUGUGUCAUCUCUAUAGACCGAUACAUUGGGGUGAGCUACCCGCUAAGAUACCCAGCCAUAGUGACUGAAAAGAGGGGCCUCCUAGCCCUGCUGUGUGUCUGGGUACUGUCCCUUGUGAUAUCAAUAGGCCCCCUCUUUGGCUGGAAACAGCCAGCUCCAGAAGACGAAACCAUCUGUCAGAUCAAUACCGAUCCUGGUUACGUAUUAUUCUCUGCCCUGGGCUCCUUCUACCUCCCCUUGAUCAUCAUACUGGCAAUGUACUGCCAGGUGUAUGUGGUGGCAAAAAGGGAAAGCAAAGGACUGUCUUGUGGCCUGAAAACAGAGAAGUCCCAGUCAGAGGAAGUGACUCUUCGCAUCCACCGCAAAACCACCACAGAAUCCACUGGAUCAACACCCAGCACCAAGCACAGAUCCAAUUUUUCUGUGAGGCUCCUGAAGUUCUCCAGGGAAAAGAAAGCAGCUAAAAGUCUGGGGAUUGUUGUGGGAUGCUUCAUACUCUGCUGGCUUCCUUUCUUUAUAAUCAUGCCCAUUGGUUCUUUCUUUCCCGAGAGCAAGCCCUCAGAGACAGUUUUUAAAAUCGCAUUUUGGCUGGGAUACCUGAACAGCUGCAUCAACCCCAUCAUCUACCCUUGUUCAAGUCAAGAGUUUAAAAAGGCAUUCCAAAAUGUUCUAAGGGCCCAGUGCCUCCCACCACGGAGGUACUCGGCCAACAAAUAUUCCCUCAGCUUCAACCUCAAUCAUGCAAGCAACCACGUCGCUGAAGCACCAAAAGACGUUGUCCGCAUCCCUGUCGGCUCCGGAGAAACCUUCUAUAAGAUUUCCAAAUCGGACGGUGUUUGUGAGUGGAAACUCUUCUCGGCCAUGCAGAGUGUGUCCACCAAGAGCACAGCCUCAAGGGAUAAGGCCAGCUGUGUGACAGCCAAAGUCAAGAGCAAAGGUUUCCUGCAGGUAUGCUGCUGUGCAAGAACAUCAGGGGAAAACAUCGCAAAGGACCAGAAAGUGCCCACCAUUAAAAUACACACUGUCUCUGUCAGCGAUAAUGGAGAGGAUAUUUAAAGGCAUCCAUCAUUCUGGUGGGACCAGAAGAGGUUUACAUGCAGUAGUUCAAUAUCGGCAACCUAAGGAGGGGGUUGCUUUUAAUGGGGUAAUGCAGAAGGGAGAAUGCCAGCAAGGGAAUGAUGCUAAAGUGGAACAAAGCAUGUGAGCUUCGACUGAAUCCAAGUUACUGGGGGAAUCUCAGGCAAUGUGAUUUAAAUCCCAUUGAAACCUGUGGGGUUCAGAAAUGGGACCACUUGAGGCUGGACUUCUUCAAGCGAUUCUGCUAUUAUUUCCUGGCUAUUUUCAAGGCUCCGUGGUUCAGUUAGUUUUAUUUACAAUUGUUUAGCCAUUGCGUUCUUAACUUUGCGGGGUGGGGUUGGAGAAAUGUGUCGUGGCGUGUCCUACAAUAGAAAUCUAUGAAUAUCUGUUACUGGUUUCAA